CGAGCAGCGGGGACCAAAUCGAGCCAGGCGCCGCCACGAGCUCGCCGCAAGAGCUGCCCGCCGGCGCGCCACGUGACGCAAGCCCAUUGGACAGGGCCCACAUACACGCAAAAAGCAAUACCACUCAGCAGUUGCACCGCCGCAGCAACAGCAAAUAGAAACGAGCCCAACAGGCUGUUUCCGCCAAAAUGGGCGCCACGCUCGACAAGUUCAUGACCAUCGAGGAGGUGCCCGAGGAGUGGCGCAGCCUGGACGUGACGGUGGGCGGCCCCGUCGACGCCAGUCAUUUCUGCGACAACGGGGUCCGGACGUACAAGUACAACCUACUCAAUUUCUUCCCCAAGAGCAUGUUCGAGCAGAUGCGGCGCACGGCCAACCAAUAUUUCUUGCUUAUAUGUAUCAUGAUGUUUCUUGGUACUUAUACGACGUGGUUUUAUUCUCCAUUAACACCGUGGUCCACAUUCCUACCCUUGAUGAUUAUUUUACUUGUAACAAUGGCCAAGGAAGGCUUCGAAGAUGUGAAACGUCAUCAAAGUGAUAAGCGCGUGAACAACACGCCCGCCACUAUUCUUAGUACGGAUCCGGGCGAUGCGCCCGGUAUAACCCAAACAUUGAGGAGAAAGGACCUGAGGCCGGGCCACGUCGUCGUGAUCGGAGACAGAGAAGAAAUACCGGCGGAUUUGAUACUGUUGUGGUCGUCCGAGGGUCCGCAAGCCUACGUCGAGACCUCGAACAUUGAUGGGGAAACGAACUUAAAAAUAAAGAAACCGGCACUAAUAGACGACGAGCCCAUCAUCCAAAGCCCGGAGACGGCGAAGAACACGCAGCUCAGCAGUACCUUCGAGCCGCCCUGUGGUAGGGUACAUACGUUCGAAGGCACUUUAAGGGCCAAAGAGCAGUCCAUUCCCCUGGAUGCCACUCAAUUUCUGUUACGUGGUUCUACGCUACGAAACACGAAGAAAGCUUUAGGUGUUGUGGCCUACACCGGCAGGGACACGCGUUUGGUCAGAAACUCGCGCGACGUGCCCUCGAAGCUAUCAGAGCUAGAACGAGUAGUGAACAUGAUGGUCUACUUCAUCCUGUUCGCCAUGAUCAUCAUUACCACAAUAAGUAUGAUCGCGUAUGUGGUCUGGUUUUCUGGACAUAAAGCGCAUCUCUGGUACAUGUGCUACCGCUAUAAUAACGCGGAUGUCCCUGCCUUAUUCCGAGAAAACUGUGAAUCCUCAGAUAACUACGCGCCUGGUUCGACGUGGCCGACCUUCUUCAUCUUAUACAAUAACUUCGUACCGAUCUCGUUGUACGUCACUAUCGAAAUGAUCAACUACGUCCAGGCGUCGUAUAUAGAUAAUGAUUUAGAAAUGUACGACGACGAGGACGACGUGCCCGCGCUCGCUCGCACGUCGAACAUGAACGCUGAUUUAGGUAUGAUUGCUCAUAUCUUCUCGGAUAAGACCGGGACGCUCACGCGUAACAUCAUGGAGUUCAAGAAGUGCGCCUGCGCCGGUAAAAUAUAUGAGAAGGGUGCUACGUUGCGCGGUAAGGUAUCACAGCCAUCGGUGGAAAGGGACUUGGUCGAAAUCAUGGCGGUGUGUCACACCGUCGUUCCCGACGAGGACGGCUACCAGGCCGAGUCGCCCGACGAAGAAGCUUUGGUCAAAGGUGCGGCGGAACUGGGCAUGAAAUUCACGGCGCGGUCGACGGAAGGUGUGGAAGUGGACGGGAAGCGUUAUUUAGUUCUAGCGACGAUCCCGUUCAAUUCGACGCGGAAGCGCAUGUCCGCUUUAGUACAAGGCCCGGACGGCAAAGCUCGAAUCCUGUGCAAGGGCGCGGACAACAUCAUGUUCGGCCUCACGGGCAAAGAUAGCUUCAAACGCUUCGCGGGUGGGCGACCUGCCUUAGAUGACUGCCUGCAGCAGUUCAGUCGAGUGGGUUUGAGAACCUUGGUGCUCGGGCGCCGCGACGUCUCGAGAUCGGAGAAGGACAAGUUUUUGAAAGCGUGGCGCGCGGCCGAGACGGCCACGGAAGAUAGGAAGGGCAAAUUAGCCGAGGCCGCGGCGCUGAUCGAGAGGGACUUCGAGAUCGUCGGCGCGACGGCCAUCGAGGAUCGAUUGCAGGACGGCGUGCCCGAGACGAUCCAUGAGCUCGCCAAGGCCGAGAUCAAGCUCUGGGUGCUGACGGGCGACAAGGUCGAGACGGCCAUUAAUAUCGCCAAAUCCGCCAAGCUGCUCACCGACGACAUGUUCCUCGUCAAGCUGCCGGUUUGGGCGCCGCGUCCUUGUUCGUGCCUUCGCUGUCCAUCACGCCAUCGACGCGCCGCGUGACGCACCAUGUCGAGAGAGAGCGCGUUACUCUUGUAUUCGCGCAGGCCGAGGGCGCGACGAAGGGCCCCGAGGGCGACUGGGGUUUAGGGGCGCAGCUGACCGCGCUCGAGGCCGUCGUCCAGCGCGCGGCGACGCCGGACCCGGCAGCUACUGUUUCUUGGUCGUCGCUGCAGGAGUCGACACUCAGAGAACCUCUGGAUGAUGACCCCCAGCGAACCCCGGCUUCGCUAGCUUCCGAUCACUUAGCCUUAGUCGUCGAAGGUGCGACCGCGAUGGAGACGAUCCUGGGAAACGAGGAGCUCGAGCAGCGCUUUUUGAAAUUAGCGAACGUCUGCAAGGCCGUCGUCGCGUGUCGCGUGUCGCCGGCGCAAAAACGGUUGAUCGUCGGCUUGGUGCGGAGGAAGGAUACGACGAGACCCGUCACUUUAGCUAUAGGCGACGGCGCCAACGACGUCGGCAUGAUCCAGGAGGCCCACAUCGGCGUCGGUAUUAGCGGCAAGGAGGGUCGCCAGGCCGUGAACAACUCGGACUUUGCCAUCGGCCAAUUCCGGUUCUUGAAACCUUUAUUACUAAAACACGGCCGCAGGAACUACCGGAGAAUGUCCAAAGUCAUCGUCUACUCCUUCUUCAAGAAUAUUGUCUUGACUUUCGUGCUCUUCUACUAUCAAGCGGACUGCGGCUGGAGCGGGACGUCGUUCUACGAGGCCUGGGUCUACAGUGGCUUCAACUUCUUUUUAGCAUUUACGCCUUUAGCGUUCGGCUGGUUCGACGUCGAUACCAGUGCGGAGACGGUGCGGAAGUACCCCCGGUUGUAUGCCGCGGGCUUACAUAGGAUGGACCUGAACGCGCGUCGCGGCGUCUCUUUUAGUUCCUCCGUCGCGGCGACGUCGUCGUCGAGAGUACUUCUACGCCACCACUACGGCGCUGCCCCUCUCCACGACAUCGACGCGCCGUCGUCGCUCAUCGACGCUCAUUGCUCUCGCGGCCAUGGCAUCGACGCGCUGUCGCGCCGCCUCGGCGCCGUCGCGGCGAUGGCGUGCCGGCGAGAGCUACGCCACCGCCACGCCAUCGGCGCGAUCCGUGAGAGAGACGCGUCGUUCCACCGCCGCGACUCACGGGUCCGCCUCGCAGGUCACGAACAUGGCCUACGCCACUUUGGAGGCCGUCGGCGCGUCGCUACUCAUCUACUUUAUUACAAGACAGGUCUACUGGCGCCCGCAGAACGUCUGGACGCACCGAGGGAAAGACGGGGACCUGUGGGUCUUCGGCACCGCCGUUUUCGUCGGCAUGGUCAACGCCAUGUUAUUGCGGGCCGCUCUCCUGGUGGACUCGUGGAACAAGUACCACAUCUACUUUUUCUUUAUGCAGUUCCUGGCCCUCUACGCGUUCGUCAUUUUUAUGUCCGAGGUCUGGCCAACCAGCAGUGUGGACUGGUUCCUGGAUUAUGACUACUACGGCGUCGCGUUCCACUCCUUUGAACUUGGCGUUUAUUGGUUACUUACGUUUAUCUUGGUGCCCGUGGCCUGCGCUGCUUUACAGCUACUUGUAGUAGGUGUCCACUUGGAGUUCUUCCCGAACGUCAACGACAUCGGGCGGGAGUUGGAUCAUGGCCACGUGGAUGGCGAAAGCUUGGAGCACUCGCGCAAAGAUAACACGUUCGUGCCGCUGCGGUCGCGGUACUCGCUGCACGGUUUGGUGGAUCGGUGCCUCGGCCGCGCGGCGCCCGCGCGGCCGGACCUCGUCACGCAGGACUCGAUCCGAAGCGUCUCCGACAGCCUCGGCCCCGGGCGCGCGGCCCAGAUCGGCCUCGAGGCGACGCCCGAGUCGGGCUUCGACUACUCGCACGCCGCGGACCAGUCGUUCCACGCGCCGUCGCCCGUUUCGGCGUCCGGCGUCAUCUAGGCGUUGCGCUUCCCGUUCCCCCUUCCCCGCGUUGGGGGGGGAUAAUUCUCUCCAGUUUA